UGAAAUACGAGGAGUUAUACUGCUUUUCAUUCAACCCCAAGCUGGAUAAAGAAGAAAGAGAACAGGGCUGGAUGCUGAUCGAUCUCAGCGAAGAAUACAAGCGAAUGGGCCUCCCUAAUAAUUAUUGGCAGCUCAGCGAUGUGAAUAGAGACUACCGAGUUUGUGAUUCUUACCCUACUGAACUGUAUGUUCCCAAAUCGGCCACAGCACACAUCAUCGUGGGGAGUUCCAAAUUCCGGAGCAGACGGCGAUUUCCUGCCCUUUCUUACUACUAUAGAGAUAACCACGCCUCCAUCUGUCGGAGCAGCCAGCCUCUGUCCGGCUUCAGUGCCCGCUGCCUGGAGGACGAGCAGAUGCUUCAGGCCAUCAGGAAAGCCAAUCCAGGAAGUGACUUCAUUUACGUCGUGGACACUCGGCCCAAACUCAACGCAAUGGCAAAUCGUGCCGCAGGGAAGGGCUAUGAGAACGAAGAUAACUACUCCAAUAUCAAGUUUCAGUUCAUCGGGAUAGAGAACAUCCACGUCAUGAGGAACAGUCUGCAAAAAAUGCUGGAAGUGUGCGAACUUAAAUCUCCCUCGAUGAGUGACUUUCUGUGGGGACUGGAGAACUCUGGCUGGUUAAGGCACAUUAAGGCCAUCAUGGAUGCAGGAAUCUUCAUUGCAAAGGCAGUCUCAGAGGAAGGGGUGAGUGUGCUGGUUCACUGUUCUGAUGGCUGGGACAGGACCGCCCAGGUGUGCUCGGUGGCCAGCCUCCUGCUCGAUCCGCAUUACCGGACUCUGAAGGGCUUCAUGGUAUUAAUUGAAAAGGACUGGAUUUCCUUUGGUCAUAAAUUUAAUCACAGAUAUGGCAAUCUAGAUGGUGAUCCAAAAGAAAUCUCUCCAGUUAUCGAUCAGUUCAUCGAAUGUGUCUGGCAGUUAAUGGAACAAUUUCCCUGUGCCUUUGAGUUCAAUGAGAGAUUUCUGAUUCACAUUCAACAUCACAUUUAUUCCUGCCAGUUUGGAAACUUCCUGUGUAACAGCCAGAAGGAGCGACAAGAACUCAAAAUUCAAGAAAGAACAUACUCUUUAUGGGCUCACCUGUGGAAGAAUCGGGCCGACUACAUGAAUCCUCUAUUUAGAGACGAUCACAGCCAGACCAGGGGAACCCUUCGUCUCCCCACAACGCCGUGCAACUUCCUGUACAAGUUCUGGAGUGGGAUGUACAACCGCUUCGAAAAGGGGCUGCAGCCCCGACAGUCUGUUACCGAUUACCUCAUGGCGGUAAAGGAGGAAACCCAGCAGCUGGAGGAAGAACGAGAGGCCCUAGAAGAAAGGCUGGAAAAAAUUCAGAAAGUCCAGUUAAAUCACACUAAAGUGAAGGCUAAGCAAAGUGAACCCAGCAAACACUCAGGGUUUUCUACCUCAGACAACAGCACAGCCAACACUCCCCAGGAUUACAGUGGAAACAUGAAAUCCUUUCCAUCCAGGAGUCCUUCACAAGGUGAUGAAGAUUCUGCUCUCAUUCUAACCCAAGACAAUUUGAAAAGCUCAGAUCCGGAUCUGUCGGCCAACAGCGAUCAAGAGUCCGGGGUGGAGGACUUGAGCUGUCGGUCCCCAAGUGGUGGGGAGUGUGCACCAAGCGAAGACAGUGGCAAGGACCGUGAUUCUGACGAAGCUGUGUUUCUCACUGCCUGAAGUUUCUCUGUGGAGUUCCAAAAUAAAGGACACACAAGAGACACUUUCCAAAAAGAAGGGAGCAGUGCAAUUCAAAAUAAAAAA